CCAUAAACCCCACUCCUCUCCAUCCACAAUCCAAGCCAAGCAAUCGCUACUGGUUAAAUAUUAGCUGAGAAUGGAAGCAUAUUUUCGAACUCUUCUCAUGAAAUUGUACCAUUGACAAUGUUUUUUACUAAGCAUAUUGUUCAUAUGUACUCUCUGCAUGGUGUUAAAAUUGUUAAUAGGUGAAAACUUGGAGAAAGAGAAAAGGGGAAUUGAUUUGGGGUUUGAGUUGGUGUAUGUUGAAGAAUUUUACUGAUCUGUUUCUUUUGGGCAGUCCACUGGUUGCUUUGCUCUCAAAGACUACGCGUGUUGAAAAUAGAAGCCGAUGGGCACCGGUUGUGUUUCAUGUCAAGAGAGGGAGAAUUAAUGGAGAAACGAUCAUGGAGGAAGAGAUCUUGCCUGGGGCACACAUAGACCUUAUCCCCAGCACCAUUUUUGGCAAUGACAAUGAAGACAAUCCUGUUUUUGUGUAUGCUCAUCUUGAUGGAAUGGACGCACAAUUGUGGACUCCUAUAGAUCCAAGUAUGAUCAAGUAUAAUGCUAAGGUUUUUCUAGGAUAUGUGGAAUAUCGCAAGCCAAUUGAAACUGCAUUUUUUGGUGGAUCUAAGUUAGGAAGGCUCAGGUCCCUUUCCUCGCUCUGAUUUUGCUUUUCAAUAAUUCAUCCGUACAUUCAGUUUUCAUUGUUUGCUAAAUUGUUCUUUAUAUAUGGUUUUGCAGGGUUGUUGUUAAGGUGAAAAAUGCUAUGAAGAAGGCCAUGGAUAAAAUUGUGGGUAUAAACUGAUGAGGUAAAUAUGUUCUGUAGCUCGAUUUUUCCUUCACAAGAUCUUUUGGUCCUUUAUCAUUGAGUUUUGACUUUUGAUGUUAAUUUAACAUGGACAUCAUACUUCUAUUUUGCUUUUAAGUCUUGUGCUUUUUUCUUUUCUUUUCUUUUUUUCUUUUUUUUUUUUUUUCAGGAGAUUUCAUUUGUCAUCCAAACCAUCAAAAUAAAUUAUAUAUGGCAUAUAUAAACAGGAGAUUUCAUAUUUCAUCCAAACAGUCAGACUAAGUUAUGUAUGCCAUGUAUAAACUUUCUUUCUAUUGUUAGACUUUCUGGAUGUACUGUUCUUGGCUCUUCACUGUUUGACAUAAUUAUAAUUAUGACAUCGAGUAGUAAUUAGAUUCUAAUUUUUCCUUUUGGAUCCUUAAAUUGAUGUUGGGAUUUCAUGUUUGUUUCAAGGGGAAAAGUAUGAAAAAGAGGUGCGAUUUCUUCAUGAAGUGGUAUUGGUUGUUUCUUCUUUUCUAAUUAGUUUUGGAAUUUUUUUUUCUCACCCAAAACUACAAAAACCCACGAUUUUAAUCUCACAAAAUUGCAGAUGUUUUCAGACAACAAGGCGAAAUUUUAAAAAGGAAAAAAAAGUUGAAAUACUAAAGAGUAGAGUAGAGUAGAGAAAUGGGAACCUGGGGUUGUAGAGUUCUUGUGCCAGAAACUAUCCCACCAGUCCGAUUCAGUGGCUCUGGGUUCUGUGAGAACUACGCUUAUGCUCUUGGGUUUCUUCAAUUUCUUCGACGUUUUCUUUGUCUUCUUCAAUUUCAGAGCAGCCAUCAGAAUCUGUCCUGCUUGGAUCUUCUGCCG